CAUCUCCUCGCCCUUGUAUACACCUCUCAAAACAGUGCACAUAACGCAAAUAGCAAGCUUACAUGCAACCUCGACAUUAUUUGUCAAUAAAACAGGAAGAGUUUGAAUUAGAGAAGAAUCGUAGGAUCAGGAAUAUGGCGAGGGAGAGAAAGGCAAGCGAAGGUGAAGAAGAAAAGGUAAGCAAUGAUGGAAACAUGGCUUGGGACCAAAAGAUAGAGGAGGCUGGAUCACUCCAUGGAGUUCGGAGAGCUCGAAAACGAUACCCUAGGGUGCGGCAGCGGCCGUCAGGGCGAUGGGUGGCAGAGAUAAAAGACACAAUUCAAGAGAUUAGAGUGUGGUUGGGGACUUACGAUACAGCUGGGGAAGCCGCAAGAGCUUAUGACGAAGCAGCUUGCUUGCUUCGUGGAGCUAAUAUAUACUCGAACGAAAAUUUCUGGCCUUGCUCCCCAUCUUCUCGUUCAAAGCCAGCUCUUCCCCUAAAGAUUGUCAACCUUCUGUUAAGGCUUAAAGCUAGAAACAAUGCCUUGAUACCAACUACCGCUUUUCCUGUUAACCAAGAGGAGCAAAAAGCAAGAGAAGUGGAAGAAAAUCAGUUCGAUCACUUCUUCGAAAUGCCUGGUCGUUGAAAAUAGUGAUACCGCAAAUAGCACUGCUGAUACUAUGACUACUAGUGAUCACAUGAGUGGUUGCUUUGAAUCUAGUUAUACCACAGAAGAUCAUAGGAAAACAGGCGCAUUUGAAGUAGAUGAUAACUGGAGUGAUAUUGAUGGCAAUGGUCAAAGUGAACAGCAAGAAGGGAGAGGAGAAGAAGAGAUUGAUAUGAGGCUGAUUGAUUUUCAACUUGAUGAUGCAUUAGGAUCAUCUUGCUACCAUCCUCCAUUUGACAUAGCACAGGAGAUGAUGGAGCCAAUGGAGCAGGAACAUAACGGGGACGAGCCACCAAUGCUAGGAGAGAUCAUGAAAGCAUGAACGCAAG